UCAAACCCGCGGUUUUAUAAAAGCCGUCAAAAACCGCAAGGUUCUGGUUCGGAAUAUACUUGAACAAAAUUCAUGUAUUCGGUUUUGUGCGAUAAGUUUGUGAUUAUGAAACUAAUCACAAUAUGCAGUUAAAUAUUCGGGAGAAUUGAAAAACUACCGAAUUUGUUGACAUAAUUUGGUGGGGGAACAAUCUGUUUUUGUAUUUCAGAACUCAACUAAAGCUUUAUAUACAUUGUCAUUGUCAAUCUAUACGCGUUGUUAAGAAACAGUUUUGUAUUUCGGAACUCAAUUAUUUAACUUAAUUAUAUGUAUGUUCCUCAACUAAUAUACGUUAAUUCAAUCAAGUGUAUUUGUGUGUUAAAUUGAAGAAAAAUGAGAUUGACACUUGGCCCGUGUCUUGCACGGGCACUAAUGCUAGUUAUUUUAUAUAAAGUGUAAGUGUUAAUAUCUCAAAAAUAAAUUAAGUUUGCUCUAAUAUCUCAUCAUUGAAUAUAAUUCAGUAAAAUAUGUAAUUUAUCUACUUCUAUAUAUAAUAGAUGAACAGGCUCGUGUCAAACCCAGCUCCUGAGCAAAUAAAUUACCUGAUUCCGAAGCAAAAUCUUAAAUUAGCUUACCUGGUUCCGAGCCAAAAGCCAAUUCCUAGGUUACCUUACCUCACUCCGAGGCAGUUUCCCAGGCAAGGAACCCUUACCAGCCUGCGAAUGCAUUUUAAUUUUAUUGGCAGCCUUAUACAACCACGGCUUCACCAUUGCUUCCUCUGGAGGGCCUCAGCUUCCUGGUUCCCUCAAUUCAAUUCAGAUCACCGUUUCAUUUCCGUGCGCAGUUGGAGAUUUUAUUUGCGUUCAUCCGAUUGAUUUGCGGUGUGAAUUCGGCUUCUCGUCUAACCUUUGUCCAGGCCCCCACUCCGACCAAUCACUCUCCGAGCGCCCCCCCCCCUCUAUCUCAGAUCCUAGAGCGGGUGUAUCCUUGUUUCAUUCCUUCAAUAUGGCCGAUUCUGAAGAGAGACCUAUUCCAUUCCGCGCUGCCUGUGAGACCAGGCCGUCCAGCUACAAGGACGGAGCUACUAGCAAAAAUGGGCGGCCCAAGCUCACAAUCACCGAGGAUGUUUUGGAGAGGAGAAGGCUAUCCAAGCGGAGGCAAAACGCUCGGUGGGCUAUCCAACAAGGUGCAACACCAAAUGGUGUUUUGGAUGUGUCCUCUCGGGAAAUGCAACCUCUCCUGGACACUCCAGUAGUCAGUUAAAUGCAGCUGAUGGAGGUGAAGCUAGCAACGCAGGGAGUGGAAAGACAUUUACAAUGCAACCGCUUCCACUUAAGGCAUUCGAAGAUAUAUUAAGGCUAAUGCACAAAAAUGACCAGAACCAGGCAUAUCAGUUGUUUGUCAGUUUCUUUGAAAUAUAUGGAGGAAAGCUAUUUGAUCUUUUCAAUGAUCGGAACUGAGCCUGUCAGUUUGAGACUCUACAUAAUUACAUAAUAACUAAGCAUCGUAACCUUGAACAUUAUGUUUGCAGAAAGCUUUGUAUAAGGGAAGAUGGGAAACAACAGGUCCCCAUUGUGGGCUUCCAGGAAUUUGGAGUACUACAUGUAAAUACAGUCAAGGACUUAAUUGAGAGAGGCAAUUCAACAAGAAGUACAGGCACAACUGGUGCAAAUAAGGAAUUCUCUCAAUCACAUGAUGAAUAUGCCAACUACUGCCAUUUGAUAGUGCAAGGUUACAAGGACCAGGUUAUAAUUGGAGUAGGUUUCUAUGAUCAUGCUAUAUUGCAGCUUGCUAUCAAAAAAUUAUUGAGGAAAUGGAAUCAAAGCCUGCUUGUCUUGUUGGCAAGUAUGUAUACAGAUGUGCCUCUGUUGAUGAUAGCAAGAUGCCAAGGAAGUCGUAGAAAAAAUCUGAAGAAGUCAGAAUCUACCCUUUUCCUUGGAUUUGGUCUGGUGGAACAGUUGUAUGCUGCCCAAGUACUCGUGAAAGUAGAUAUCUCAUCCGAAAGAAUGGAAGGCGCUGAUAUUAAUAAAAGUUUAUGUGCACUAAAUGAAUGCAUUAGACCACUUGACAGCGAUCAGGGUCAUAUUCCCUUCAGAGGGAGUAAGCUAGCUGAGGUUCUUAGAGACUCAUUCUUUAGUGAUUCACACACUGUAAUGAUAUCAUGCAUUUCCCCGAACUCAGGAUCAUGUGAACGUACUCUCAACACAUUAAGAUAUGCUGACAGGGUGAAGAGUCUGCGAAUGGGAACCAGCUUCAGGAAAGAUACACUGUCAUCAUCACUAAACAUUAAAAGCUCAACAGCUUUGCCUUUGUCUUCACUUUCAACGACUGCACCAGCCUAUUCAGAUAAACCUAUAGAUGUUAGAAGUAAUAGGUUCAGGUGCUCUAAGCAAACUGAAAUGGAGCCUUCUGAAUCAUUCACACAUGAACGUGCUCCUAAUGGACGAGUACAAAGCAGCUCAACAUCACAGGCCUUUCCAGAUAAAUACAAGGGUCGGCCAGAAAGUCCAGAUCAUACAGUUGACGACUAUUUUGACCACUACGAGGAAACUUAUGAACAAAACGAGCAAUUUCAGACAAGGAAUGCCAGUGAAACAAUGCCAGGGAAUCGACAGUAUCUGAGGCUAAGAACUGACAUUCAGACGAAGAAGGUGAUGUUAUCCUAAAGGAAGAGAAUGAUCCUGUCAAUGCUCACCGCAAACUCAUAGAAGAGAAUAUGGAUAUUGCUGAUAUUGCAUCUCUAUUUGCUUUGGCGGAGCUUGAGUGAUAAACUGAUAAUAAAAGCUCAUCGGUGCUUCCUAGGUGAUAAUAAAAGCUCAUCCGCCAAUUCCGAUGAUUCAAUCAUUCAACCACUCAACCACAUUACCGGGUAUAUCCCAGUUACACGCCAAAAUUGCUGGUUUGGGUUUUCAUAAAAAUCAAUGAGUCUCGCUGGAAAAUUCAAGAAUAUUAUGACCAUUUAAAUAUGAUAACAUUUGCGAUAAAUGAACAAAAUAACAAACCAACACUGUCAGAGGUUGGAUUUCACAUCAAAAAAGGCCCCAAUUUUUUGGUCAAGUGGUUAAUCACAUUUUCAAUCCUAAUAUGUCGACAAGCGCCUCCAAAUAGCUUAUGGAAUGCUUACAACCUGGAGAGGUGCCUCAUACAAGAUUUCUGCUUUAUGAAUUAGAGAGGUGUCAGAUUGUUUUUUGUUUCAUCAAAGUGCAAAACUACCUGUUGCAAAUAGUCUGCUUUUGGCCGAGCCUGGAAAUAUAAUUCGUAUCAUCAGAGGAUUGAUUCCUCCUGUCAGUGCAAUACUUUCUUAGUCUAUAUUUUUGUUAGCAACAAACAAAUGUAUGUAGAUCUAUAAGCUCUACAUUUUUACAUUUUCACUGUAUACGCAAAAAAUGACAGAGUUAAAAUAUGACGACAAAAUAGUAGUCACGGGACUUCACACACCUAAACAACAAACUUUACAAAUAAAAUUUCGUUGAGCAACAA